UUAUGGAGUCAUCGUCCAUAUUGCUGGUGAUACUCCAAGACCAGGUUUGCGAAACUGCUGUAGUCUUGUGAUAUAGCCUACCCGUAAAAUAUAAAUAACGUCGAGUAUCAUAUCAAUACUGAUUAUAUAAUGUAUCAGAAUUUGUGCAAAACAGUCUAAGAGCAUCUACUUGUAACCACUUUCGAUUAAUUCGUUCUACAGAGAGGAAACCUGACCAACAAUCCAGGAAAUAUUAGCCAUGAGCCUGUCACAACUUUACGAGUGGAUUGAUAUCAAGAGUAUUUUGAUAUUUUCGUUUGUUUUUCUAUUACUGAGUGAUUAUAUCAGAAAUAAAGCACCGAAAAACUUUCCUCCAGGACCAUGGUCUUUGCCGAUUAUUGGACACAUUCAUCAUAUCGAUCACACGAAGAUUCAUCUUCAGUUUUUAAAGUUUGCAGAAAAAUAUGGCAAGAUUUUCAACAUUAGAGUUUUUGGACCAAGAAUUGUGUUGGAUGGAUAUAAACUAGUGAAGGAGGUGUAUUUACAACAGGGUGAUAACCUCGCUGAUCGACCCAUGUUACCUUUAUUUUAUGACAUCACUGGAGACAGAGGAUUAAUUGGUGCCAAUGGGUAUAAAUGGAAGCAACAGAGGAGAUUUGCACUCUCAACUCUUCGGACCUUUGGAUUGGGAAAGAAAAGCCUGGAGCCAUCUAUCCAUUUUGAAUGUAGCUCUCUGAACGAGGCCUUUUCAAAUGAACAAGGUCGACCAUUUGACCCUCGCCUACUACUGUACAACGCUGUCUCAAAUGUGAUCUGUGUGCUUGUGUUUGGGAAUCGAUUUGAGUACAGUGACCAUGACUUCCAGUCUCUGUUGAAGAACAUCAAUGAAGCUUUAUAUCUGGAAGGAAGCAUCUGGGCUCAACUUUAUAACAUGUUUCCAUGGCUCAUGCGGCGACUGCCUGGAAGACAUCACAAAAUAUUUGUUCUGUUGAACAAGGUGAUUGGCUUUGUUCAAGAGAAGGUGAAUGCACACAGAGUGGAUUAUGAUCCAUCAAAUCCAAGAGACUACAUUGACUGCUUUCUGACUGAGAUGGAAAAACUUAAGGACGACACAGCUGCUGGGUUUGAUGUGGAGAACUUGUGCAUCUGUACUCUGGAUCUGUUUGUAGCAGGAACUGAGACCACCUCCACCACUCUGUACUGGGGUCUUCUCUACAUGAUCAAAUAUCCUGAGAUACAGGCCAAAGUUCAGGAGGAGAUUGAUUGUGUUGUGGGAGGGUCACGGCAGCCAUCUUUAUCAGACAAGGACAACAUGCCCUUCACCAAUGCUGUCAUUCAUGAGAUACAGAGGAUUGGAAAUAUUGUCCCAUUAAAUGUGGUUCGAAUAACUGUUGAAGAUACUCAGAUAGGAAAAUACUCUAUCCCAAAGGGCACACCUGUGAUUGGCCAUUUGACGUCAGUGCUGUUUGAUGAGUCGGAGUGGGAGACGCCUCACUCUUUUAAUCCGGGUCACUUCUUGGAUGCUGAGGGCAAAUUCAGGAGAAGAGAUGCCUUUUUACCCUUUUCUUUAGGAAAGAGAGUGUGUCUUGGGGAACAGCUGGCACGGAUGGAGCUGUUCCUGUUUUUCUCCUCUCUGCUGCAGCGCUUCACUUUCUCUUCACCGGCGGGUGUGGAGCCCAAAUUGGAUUUUAAACUGGGGGGUAAUCACUGUCCCCAUCCAUAUGAAUUGUGUGCAGUACCACGCUAAUACAAGCGGAACACAAAUAUGUGUUGAUUCUUUGUUUUCGGCCUUGUUUACAGAUUAUGCUAAUGGCAAUUUUAAAUUUAAUUUGUAAACCUGUAUAUCUAAAAAUGUUGAGUUUGAAUGCUUAGUUGUUGUUGUUUUGUUAAUAACACCAGACAUAACUUUUUAGCUUUUUAUUGGUUGCUUGGGUGUUGACUGGUUUUCCGAUUUGUCAACAAAAAUAAUCAUGCACAUACUUGGAAAUAAAUUAAACCUGUUCUCCAUAUAAA